UUAGUGAGGGCCCGGGCCUGAGGCCAGAGGGCUCUGGAGAUCGCACCUUGGUGACCAGUUUGCACUCUUUCCCAACAGCUGGAUGGGGACUUCGGAGGUGAGGGCGACCUGCCUGGAAGCGGAGCCCACAUGGAGAAGGCCCGCCUCCCUGACCUACGCGGCCACCCAGGCCCGUUCCCCAGCAUCGCUACCACUCUGCGCCUUGCUCAAGACUGACUUAACCCAUGCUGGAUUUGCUGGUGGUGGCGAGGGAAAGUAGGGACACUGCCCAUGUUGUCUGAGGGUCACACAGCAUUUACAUCACAAUUGGGCAGGAGUUUAAAAAUGUCUGGUCCUCUCCCUCCCCACCACCUGUGGCUGUGUCCAGACGGAGAAUGUUCUAGCCCUGGAGGCAGCUGUGAAUGAAGUCCUUGGGGGGAAAAGAAGCAGGCCGAGGGCGAUGGUGGAGUAGAGCUGCCUCGCAGAGGCAGCAUGAGCUGAGAGGGUGACAAGAAGGAGGCGCUACACAGCAUGGAGGACUUUCUACUCUCCAAUGGGUAUCAGCUGGGCAAGACCAUUGGGGAAGGGACCUACUCAAAAGUCAAAGAAGCAUUUUCCAAAAAACAUCAAAGAAAAGUGGCAAUUAAAAUUAUAGACAAGAUGGGAGGGCCAGAAGGCUGCUGGGAGGAGGUUCCAAGGAUGAGCUAAUCAUGAAAGGAAGGCAAUACUUGCUGCUAGAGACACCCGAGACUGGUCAGGGAGUCAAGAAAGAACACCUAGACAUGAGUUUAUCCAGAGAUUCCUGCCUCGUGAGCUCCAGAUUGUCCGUACCCUGGACCACAAAAACAUCAUCCAGGUGUAUGAGAUGCUGGAGUCAGCAGAUGGAAAAAUCUACCUGGUGAUGGAACUGGCUGAGGGAGGGGAUGUCUUUGACUGUGUGCUGAACGGAGGGCCACUUCCCGAGAGCCGGGCCAAGGCCCUCUUCCGCCAGAUGGUUGAGGCUAUUCGCUAUUGCCAUGGCUGUGGCGUGGCCCACCGGGACCUUAAGUGUGAGAACGCCUUGUUGCAGGGCUUCAACCUGAAGCUGACCGACUUUGGCUUUGCCAAGGUGCUACCCAAGUCACGCAGGGAGCUGAGCCAGACCUUCUGUGGCAGCACAGCCUAUGCCGCCCCUGAGGUGCUACAGGGCAUACCCCAUGAUAGCAAGAAAGGUGAUGUCUGGAGCAUGGGUGUGGUCCUGUAUGUAAUGCUCUGUGCAAGUCUACCUUUUGAUGACACAGAUAUCCCCAAGAUGCUGUGGCAGCAGCAGAAGGGGGUGUCCUUCCCCACUCAUUUGGGCAUCUCAACCGAAUGCCAGGACCUGCUCAAGCGGCUCCUGGAACCAGACAUGAUACUCCGGCCUUCAAUCGAAGAAGUUAGUUGGCACCCAUGGCUAGCAAGCACUUGAUAAAAGCAAUGGCAAGUCCUCCCCAAUAAAGUAGGGGGAGAAAGCAAA